GAACAAUUCUUCACGAUGAAAUUCGUAGUGCUUUCCCUCCUCGUCGCCGUGGCCUGUGCCGACCGGCUGUACGAGCCCCCAGCGGCUCGUGCUGACUCCGACGAGAUCGCCAUCUUGAGGGACGAGCGCGUGAUCGAGGACGACGGAAGGUACAACUUCGACAUGGAGACUGCCAACGGCAUCAAGGUGUCUGAGUCUGGCUCUCCUGUAGGAGACGAGGGAGCCAUCAACAGUGCCGGAUCCUUCUCGUACACCGCUCCUGACGGCACUGACGUCCACCUCCAAUACGUAGCUGAUGAGAACGGCUUCCAGCCACAGGGCGCCCACCUGCCCGUGGCCCCCGAGUUCCCCCACCCAAUCCCUCAGUUCGUCCUCGACCAGAUCGCCUUCGCCGCUGAGGAGGACGCCCGCCAGGCCCGUGGAGAGGUCUCGCGCUCCUAUGGUGCUCCUCAUGACGACUAAUUUUUUUUUUGCGGAUAUACCCUUCGAUACUCGAUAUUUAUCAGUUCACUAUGCAUUUUCAUGUGACAGAUUAAUCCAUCUGUUGUCAUAGAUUAGUUUUUAAUUUAUCGUUGUACAAAUACAUGUGACUUCAUCUUCAUCAUGUCGUUUUCUAUUUUUCUUCACCAUAAGCAAUAUUUAAAAUAACAUGAUGUCUGGAACAUUGCCCUGAAAAGAAACCUAACAUGAAAACGCACACCUAAAGAAGGUAGUAUAUAUUACGUAUUAAUCAUCACUGUCUCAUAAAAACUGGUCACCGUAGUGGUGCAUUAUUUAAGCUAAUCCAUCAGGGUAAGAGAAACUAGGCCACGUGUGCUGAGACUGGUAGAAUUAAGAAGGAUAAUAAGCAGACAGAUAAUCAUUCGAAAUAUUUUAUUUUUGUCCUGGCUGUUGCUCUCAGUACUAAUAAUUAAAAUAAUGCUGAUAUUGGUAAUGCUGAGGAAUUACAUUUACAGACAUCGUAAUGAGAAUGAUAAGACUUAUAUCAGUAUCGUUGUUAUCAUUGUUAUUCUAGCUUUACCAUUAUCCCGAAACUACAUUCUGUUAGCAUCCUGAUAACAUAACUUGCCAUAAUAAUUUUUAUAUAAACAUGUGCGUAUUUCUUAGUGUUUCUGUAUUGUUUGUGACAAGGGAAUUAAGACGAGAAAUACAUCCUAAGAUCAUUUGAAAAGAGAUUGAAUAUAUGGGGGUAAAUAUAUUUAAUUCUUAAAAAAAACUAUCUUUUGUAUUUAAUUUUAUUACCCUCUUUACGCUAUCUCCCAAAUAGAGUUUGGGAUAUUAUGUCAUCCACUUCCGUUGUGAGGAAACAAUUUUGGAAGAAUUGCCAGAAGUAGUACAUUUGGUGAAGGAAAGAAA